CCCUUCUUCUACCUAAAGGCUUUGAGGUGGAAAAACAUCCAAUGAUGUAGCAAACAUGAACAAAUAGCGAGGUAAAAGCGAAGUUAACAGACUUACAAAAAAGUGAAGAAGCUCUUUUUGGCUUAAUAAAAUAGGAAUUCCUAAAGGAAGACACUGAUUUGUUUUGAAACAUAGCAGCUAGAGCAUUGAUCGCUUGCUGUCGAUAUAUGAGUGUCGAUGUAAAAUAUGAUAUAAACGAGUGGAUGUCUAGCAUGCCUGGCGUAAUUUAACGCUGGUAUUUGAGCAUAUGCUCGUUUAAAAUCAAUGGCAUUUAAAAUGUAAACAGAUAAGAUAGGUUAGCUUGCAAAUGAGGUAAGCAAACAUAGAUGAACUUUUUGAAAUCCCCGAAUUCGCUAGAUCAUGGAGUUAGUUCCUUCUACAUUGACAAGGCCGGCAAGAUACUAACAAGAUAUAAUGAUAAUCACAAGAUGUGAAAAAAUAAAGUAUUCUUUAUACCUAUCUUCCAGGUGAAUGAUAUUGAAAUGAUGCGAAGACUGGCCCGGAUAUUCAACAGCAAAGACGAUUCUAAGCUGCUGCUUUUUCAUGUUCGAUCAGACAUAAUUCAAGGAUGGCGCAACCAGGCAACCUGCUUAAGCUCUACAAACAUGCAACAAUGCUAGUGCAGCGAUGAACAUUAAAACUUAAUAGUGGUUAGAAGAUUACUUUAAAGCGUGCAAGCGCUUUUUGGAUUUGCAUUUAAUAGCUUCCUCAAUGUCGGUUUUUACUUUAAGGUGUUAUUGAAGAAUCAUUUGUGAUGGUCGUUGAUUGGAAAAGUGACAUUGAAUGUGCUAAGGAGCUUUCAUAACGCGAGGAAAGUUGAUGAUGGGAAAGAAGAAGAAGAGGGAGGCAGGGAAAAUGCAGGAAGCGGAUAGCAGUGAUUAACAGCAAAGCUAGCAUAUUUUUUGGCAAAUAAUGAAAUUGAAAAUGAGAUAAAUUCUUGUGCGAACAUAUUUUUGUAUGGUCACAAUUAGAAGUAGGCUGUUUUGAUUGACAGCCCUGGAUCAGAAUGCUCGGAAAUUAACUGUGUUAUAUGUAUACAAAUGAGAUUUCAUUAACGCAGCAUUGUAAGAUGAAUAGAGGCAUAGUCAUGAAACUUGUAGCUGAUGUUCGCUUUUUCAGAAUCCAUUGAAAAAAUUCAGAAAAUUUUGAAAAGGGAAUACAGCUUGACCUUUAUCGAUUGCUCGCAAAAUUAAUCGGCGUAGACUUUGACGUCAGCAAAAAUGGCGGCCUUCAAUUGAACAAAACUUGAAAACGGGUUUAUAUCAUACACAUUUCAUGCUGCUAUUGUAUUGAUUUUAUAAAGGAACGGAACACAAUUCACAGAGCACCAUUUCCAAGGGGCAAGUAAUGCAAAAGUCAGGGCAGUGGCAUGCCCCGACAGGACAUGAAUGGGGAAUUGAAGCGUCCCUUCCCUCCACUAGCUUACAGGUCCAGCCUGAAGCCCGGUUCAUAGUCGAUGCAUUACAUCAAAACUUAUACCCGUACGCCAUAUUUCUCUGCGUGAGGCGCCAGCUUGUCUGGUGUCGGCUUGUCACAGAACUAGCGUGCGCUAAAUUUCGCCCCAUAUCAGAGGCAUAAGUUUUGCGUACGGAAGUUUAUUCUAUUUUCCGCAAACCCGUAUGCCUUGAACUUAUCGAGUUGAGAAAUCUUCAACUUUUUUAUCACUCCGUACGGAAAAUUUGAUAGCAAUGGCCGACUUUGAAGCGAAGCUAUGUGAAGAGGUGCAGAAAUACCCCCAUCUUUACGAUUCCUCGCUAAGGGAACACAAGGAUUCAGGGCGAGUAUCUAAUUCGUGGUCAGAAAUUGCCUCGACAUUAGAAACACCCAUUGAUAUUUGCAAAAAGAAAUGGCGAUAUAUACGGGAACAGUACGUUAAAUGUAAAAAAACUGCGAAGGAGAAGAGUGGAGACGGAAGAAAGGGGAAGUCGAAGUACGAUGCACUUUUGGAAUGGCUGUCACCCUUUGUAAAGCACAGACAGUCAGACACAAACAUCACUGAUGACCAAGACCAAGACCUUGAUCAAUCUGACCGCGAAGUGUCUGAAAUCGCGUCUCAUUCCUCGUGUCCUUCCCCAACUCAAUCUUUGCAAGGACGCCAGUCCCCUUUUGUCAGUGAAUCAAAGGUUCUCACAAGCAAGAAGAGAAAAGUACUCCAUGACCCGAUUGAUGAAGCCAUUUUAAGGUCAUUGUCAACGGAAAAUGAUGAGGCCAACAACUUCGCAAAAGUCGUGGCUGAUUCCAUUAGAAAGAUGCCAAGACGAGCUCAGUUGAUUGUCAAAAAGAAAAUUACAGACAUUAUUUUUGAUGCUGAGCUACAGUUGUGCAACACUCCAACUGAAAGUACAACGGAGAUUGGAGAUUUUUCCCAAGCCACUUUCUCUUCUCUAGACAACCAAGCAAACAACCAGUCCUCGGAGUCAACAUAUCAAAUUUACCCCAGUUUCACGUCUUCGCUUCAGUAAAAAAAUUUUUGCAAGUUUUUGCAAAAAGUUGUAAAAUGAAUAUUUAAAAUCUUUUAACCUCACCUAUUCUCUCUAAUGAGCACCUUAGUGCUCAUUAUAGUCUUGGCCUCAGAGAGGAGGCGCUCAUUAGCGAGCGGUGCCUAUUAGAAAGGGCGUUGCUUAAAAAAAGAAAUCCAAAAAUAAAAGUCAAAGUUUUAAAAUACAAACGAACUGAAAGAACUGAAUUUUCCCAAUUGAUCAACCUAGAUUUUAUUGAACAUACGUUUAACUGAUGACUGUUGCGAUGAUUUGCUGGUCUCCAUCUGUUUUUAUGAUCUUCAGGAGUGCUCAAUGGAGAAGGGCGUUUAUUGGAAAGGGAGCGUUCAUUGGAGAGGGGGCGUUCAUUGGAGAGGGGGCGCUCAUUAGAUAGAAUACGGUAUUUAUGAUCAGUUUAAGAUAAGUAAUUAAUCGGGAAGAAACAUAAGCUUAAUUACCAAAUUUAUGUUGCAGAUAAUUUCAAUUUCUUAAUGAUUUUCUGUAUUUACAGGCGAAUGAACAGUUGAAUCAAAUUAAUAUAUCUUUAUGAAUCAUAUUGCUAUUUUUGCUGUUAUUGUUAUCAAUCAGAUAAAAGGUGUCGUCCCGUGUUUUAGUAAUUAUUUCUGAAGUCGUCCUCUACGAACGACAGUUUCUUGCCAAGGUACGCUUCCUUCAUCGGUCAAGAAAAAAUCUUUUAGCUGUUCUCUAUAUUUUGUAGCUUGUUUCGAUGACAUAUUGCUACCAACUCGAUUUAUUGCACGGAUACUGUUUGCUUGUAUUUCUCUCCAUGUCCCUGGCACAACGUCACCCUGUAGUUCUUGGUCAACCAGCGUUGGAGGCACAUAUCGGGCUUUUGGCGUAUUUUGAAAAUCUGUUUUUGCUAAAUAAUUGUGUAAUGCAAUACAUGCUUUCGUUAUUGUCACACUAUUUUCUGGAUUGGCUUCAAUUGUGCGACCAAAAACUCUCCAGCGGGCUGACAAGAUUCCAAAAGCAUUUUCAGAAAUUCGACGUGCUCGUGAAUGUCUAUAGUUAUAGACCUUCUUUUCAUCGGAUAAUUCUGAGCCUGAAAAUUAAUUUUGGAAAUUUUGAAUUUUUAGGCUACAUCCUUUUAGGAUAUAAAUGUUUCUGGAAGGGUGUAUUUCUCGUUUGGGACGAUGGAAACUUAAAAGCUAGAUCAAUGAAAAUCUGAUUGCCGAGAGC